AAAAAAAAUCAACUUAAGCAAAAAUAACGGGUUUGUAUUUAACAUGCAAAAAACCGCUCGGCUAUGUUUGAGCCUUACGGAGACCCGUACCGUACUGGCUGUCACAUGACGAGCGAGAAAAGCCCAGUCUGGUCUUACUGGACACCAGCAGGUUUUCGGUCUGCUCUGCGAAAACAAACAAACAAACAAAAAAUACACGAAAACUCCUUUUGCAGAUACCGAAGAUGGACCAACGGUUUGACCGGGGCGCAGUGCUGUCGCCGCUGGAGGAGUCGAGCGCCGAAGUGAGCAGAGACAGCGGCGUCGUGUCCCAGAGUGCGAGCAGCCUGUCGAUGCUGAGCGAGGCCCCGAGCAGCGGCAGCGGCUCCCACAGUCCCAGUUUCGGCCUUCCAGUCCCCACGCUGGACGCGCCGGCGCCGCAGGGCGCCCCGGGGCAAGACGAAGAGCGCCUGAGGCGCACGGCGUCCAGUUACUCUGCCUAUGUGUGCGCAAAUGCAAGCGAAGAGAUCCUGUGCCUGGAGAAGAGUCUAGAGGGAAUGCUCACUCGUGUUGACGAGUUUGUGGGGAUGCUGGACAUGAUUCGCAGUGACACCUCUCAGAUAGUAAACAUCACCCUGCCUGAAAUUCACAGAAAGUCUGAAGACAUGAGAAAGAUUUACAGAAAAAUCGAUAAGUUGGAGGCUUUUGUCAAGAUGGUUGCAGCCAAUGUGAAUGCCAUGGAGGAGCAAGUUACCCAAGCAGAAGGUGAAGUUAGGACCCUACCGGGUGCUUUGAAAAAGAUUUUCAGAACAAUGAGUGUCCCUGGAUUUUUAAAUAAACCUGGCAGUCCAAAAAGAUCCCCAGAGCAGCACCCAGAGCUUCCCGCUGUAUUCAGGACUGACGAUUACUUCAUUUCACGCCCACAGCAGUGAUAGCAAGGUGCACUGUAGCAUUGCUCUUAGUAGUCGGCUGCGACGGUCCGAGCGGCAUACAUCAUGCUGUCCAGCAGCAACUGGAGCGGCUGCUCUGUGCCAUGGGCACUUGCCUUGAACAGCAAUAUAAAAAUGGUACUCAAGAUGUCUCAUGGAGAGUCUCAGCUGUGUAAUGGCACCUGGUUAUAGCAGACUGCAGUUGUAGUAGACUGUUUAAUGGCAGCUAGUUUUAGAACCAAAAAAACCCUUUUGUUUUAAGGAAUUUGUUUUGCUUAAAGUGCCUGGCGUAGAAACGUGUCAUUAUGUUCAGAAAUGUGCUAGCAAAUGUCAGAAAAUGCAGGCAAUUUCUGGGGUUUUUUAAAUCUUAGAUUGUAUGUAGUUUUCGUAGUGUUACCUUGUUUAGAUUUGAUCUCUGUCCCUAACACUCAAGAUCUAUUUGCACAGCUAACAUCGCGGUUGCUUGAAUGAUCCUAUUCUGUGGCUGAAAAUAUGCCGUAAGAUGUGAUUUGAUAUGGAACUGCUCAUACUAGUGGAUAGUCUUAAUGUAAACUUUUAUGCUAUGCUGUCUAUGCCACAGAAAUGGCUCUCUUGCUCUGAAUGAACCACAUCCUUUUAUACUUUUGUUGUCAAUUACUAGUUAACCUAUCUGAAUUUAAUUUGUCUGAUUUCUAACUAAUGCUAAUUUAUUUAUAAUAAAAUACAAAUAAUGCUGUAAAAAGGA